AUGCAAAUGUUCAACUUUUUUGUUAUCAUUCUUGGGUUUAUUUCUCCAUGUCUAUGUACGAGAUUGAAUGUUGGAACAAAAAAUAACAAUUAUAAUGUGAUGGAUUAUGGUGCACGUGGCGAUGGAAAAACUGAUGAUUCACACGCCUUUGUAAAUGCAUGGAGUAGUGCAUGUAAAUACGGAGGGACAUUAACUAUACCAGCAGAAAAAUCAUUCAUGGCGACGAAUGUAAAAUUUAGUGGUCCUUGCAAACCCAAAAUUCAUAUUCAGUUUGAUGGAAAAAUAGUUGCACCCCCUAAAGCAGUGUGGAAAAGUGGAGAAUAUUUGAUUUACAUUGAUAAUUUAGACGGACUCACAAUUGAUGGUAAUGGUAAAGGAGGAGCUGAUGGAGAUGGUUCAACUUGGUGGCAAUGCCAAAAUUGUAAUCGACCUGGGGUACAGCUCUUUCAUUUUCAUUCCUGCAAGAAUCUCAAAGUUAGUAACAUAAUGGUCACUAAUAGCCCAAGUGGUCAUGUAUCUGUUAACCAGUGCAAUGGUGCAACAUUCUCACAUAUAUCUAUUAACUCUCCUUCUAAUAGUCCCAACACUGAUGGCUUUGACAUUUCUUUUUCUAGUAAUAUCUUGGUAGAAGAUUCAAACAUAAAAUCUGGUGACGAUUGUAUUGCCAUUAACGGUGACUCCUCUUUUAUCAAUGCUACUGGUAUUACUUGUGGACCAGGCCAUGGAAUAAGUGUUGGUAGCCUUGGUAAAGUAAGACCUAAUGAUAAAGUUUCCGAUGUUCAUGUACGGAAUUGCACCUUCACCGGAACUUCAAAUGGAGGAAGAAUCAAGACAAAAAUGGGUGGAUCAGGCUAUGCAAAAAAUAUUAUUUUUGAGGAAAUCAUCCUAGAUAAUGUCAAGAACCCGAUUAUUAUAGAUCAGAAAUAUAAAAAUGGGCUGCCUAGGAAUACAGAUGUGGUGGUGAGUGAUGUAAAAUUUCGAGGAUUUACGGGAACUUGUUCUGGCGACAUAGCUAUUAAUUUAGAUUGUAGAAAGAAGCUUUCAGUUGUUUGCAAUAAUGCCUAUGGAACUGCUACAAAUACUAUUCCAAGUGUUACUUGUCUACUUAAAUAA